CUUACUCUCGCACGUAUGAAGAGAGCACGAAACACGUUCCGUCUAUCGAACCACGUGUGGUUAACGUAGAAAGGCAAAACGCAAACGCAGCCGCCAUUUUCAGGUUAUUGCACGGCAAUGGGACCGAGUCUGAGAAGUCAAAGCAAUAAAGCAAUUCGUCCCCUUUGUCUAUCUACUACCAUCGUUUUCCACAUACAUCGAUAAUUCCAGAGAUCCCCUUUUUAGCUUGUUUGAUUUUCAGCGAUUCUACAGACAAAAUCUGAGAGUUUUUUUUUCUUUUUUUGGGUUUUCUCUAAACUUUGAAAGAAUGAACGAUUGGGCUAGUUUGGGAUUAGGUUCUAUUGGGGGAGCUGUGUUUUCCGAGCUCUUGAAACUUGUGAUUGAAGAAGCAAAAAAGGUCAAAGCUUUCAAACCCUUGUCCAAAGAUCUCGUAUCAACAAUGGAGAGAUUGUUUCCGUUAACUCAAAAGAUUGAUUCGAUGCAAAAAGAGCUUGACUUUGGUGUAAAGGAACUUAAGGAAUUGAGGGAUACGAUUGAAAGAGCUGGUGUAGCUGUUCGAAAGUUUCCAAGCGUCAAGUGGUACGAGAAAUCUAAAUAUACUAGAAAAAUUGAGAGAAUCAAUGAGGAUAUGCUUAAGUUCUGUCAGAUUGAUCUCCAGCUUCUUCAGCAUAGGAAUCAGUUGACGUUGUUGGGUUUGACGGGAAAUCUUGUGAAUUCGGUUGAUGGUUUAAGUAAAAGGAUGGAUCUUUUGAGUGUCCAUGCGCCUGUUUUUAGGGAUCUUUGUUCGGUUCCCAAGCUUGAUAAGGUUAUUGUUGGAUUGGAUUGGCCAUUGGGGGAGCUAAAGAAGAGACUCCUUGACAAUUCCGUGGUUAGUCUUGUGGUUUCUGCUCCUCCUGGUUGCGGGAAAACAACGCUGGUUAGUCGGCUUUGUGACGAUCCAGAUAUCAAAGGGAAGUUCAAGCAUAUCUUCUUUAGUGUUGUGUCAAGUACUCCUAACUUUAAGGUCAUAGUACAGAAUUUACUCCAACACAACGGUUAUGAAGCACUUACAUUUGAGAAUGAUUCUCAAGCAGAACUUGGUUUAAGAAAACUGCUAGAGGAACUUAAAGAAAAUGGUCCUAUAUUGGUUGUCUUGGAUGAUGUGUGGCGGGGAGCGGAGUCUUUACUUCAGAAAUUUCAAAUUAAAUUACCGGAUUAUAAGAUUUUGGUGACUUCUCGGUUUGACUUUCCGAGUUUUGGUUCCAGUUAUCAUUUGAAACCUUUGGAAGAUGAAGAUGCCAGGUCCCUUCUCAUUCAUUGGGCAUCGCGACCUUCUAAUGCGUCUCCAGAUGAGUACGAAGAUCUCCUCAAGAAGAUAUUGAAACGUUGCAAUGGAUUCCCAAUCGUAAUUGAAGUAGUCGGCGUUUCACUCAAAGGACAAUCUCUAAAUACAUGGAAAGGUCAGGUGGAAAGCUGGUCAGAAGGGGAAAGAAUUCUAGGUAAUCCUCAUCCAACUGUGCUAGAAUGUUUGCAGCCUAGCUUUGAUGCCCUGGAAACCAACCUUAAAGAGUGUUUCUCGGACAUGGGCUCGUUUCUUGAGGAACAAAAGAUACGUGCUUCAGUAAUAAUUGACAUGUGGGUGGAAUUAUACGGUAAAGGUAGUAGUAUCUUGUAUAUGAAGUACCUUGAAGACCUUGCGUCCCAGAAUCUGCUUAAACUUGUUCCUCUCGGAAAUGAGCACGAAGACGGUUUCUACAAUGAUUUCUUAGUCACUCAACAUGAUAUCCUUAGGGAAUUGGCUAUCCGUCAAAGCGAAUUAACGGAAAACAUAGAAAGAAAAAGACUAAAUUUGGAGAUAAGAGAGAAUACAUUUCCAGACUGGUGUUUGAAUCCAAGACACCCUACUAUUAGUGCCUCUUUAUUGUCUAUCUCUACGGAUGAUUUGUUCUCAUCGAAUUGGUUGGAAAUGGAUUGCCCCAAUGUUGAGGCUUUAGUUCUUAAUCUCUCUUCACCAGACUAUGAAUUGCCAAGCUUCAUUGCUGGAAUGAAGAAGCUAAAGGUUCUGACAAUCACAAAUCACGGUUUUUAUCCAGCAAGAUUGAGCAAUUUCUCGUGUCUCAGCUCAUUACCAAACCUGAAACGGAUUAGAUUGGAGAAAGUUUCAGUCACUUUGCUGGACAUUCCCCGAUUGCAACUAGGCAGUCUUAAGAAGCUAUCUUUGGUCAUGUGUAGUUUCGGUGAGGUUUUCUAUGAGACUGAAGAAAUAGAUGUCUCUAAAGCACUAUCGAAUUUACAAGAGAUUGACAUAGACUAUUGCUAUGAUCUUGAUGAGUUACCUUAUUGGGUCUCUGAAGUUGUUUCAUUGAAGACCCUUAGCAUCACAAACUGUAAUAAGCUCUCUACACUUCCAGAAGAUAUGGGCAACUUGAGUAAACUGGAAAUGUUGAGGUUGUGUUCUUGUAAUAAUCUCUCUGAGCUGCCUGAAGCGACUGAGAGACUCAGCAACUUGCGGUUUCUGGAUAUUUCUCAUUGCUUAGGAUUGAGAAAGUUGCCUCAAGAGAUUGGCAAACUAGAGAAGCUGAAAAAGAUCUGGAUGAGGAAGUAUUCGGGAUGCAAAUUGCCGGAUUCAGUGACGAAUCUAGAGAAUUUGGAGGUCAAAUGCGAUGAAGAAACUGGAUCCUUGUGGGAAAUGUUGAAGCCAAACAUGAUAAAUUUGAGAGUUCACAAGGAGGAAACAGAGCAUAACCUGAACUGGCUUCAAACGUUUUAAGUUUUGAGUGAAAAAACAUUUUCAUAGCUUGUGUGGGUCUUGUAAUGUUAUUCUCAUGUAAUCCAAUGUAAAUGGAAUGGUUCUUUAAAAUAUUAUUUAAUAAAACUAUAUAUGUGCAUA